ACUCGUUGGCAUGUGAAGAUUACUAUUAUGGCCUCGAUGGAUUUACCUGCGACCUAUUACGGCAAAGUUGACAAAAGAAACCCGGUCAUUGUAUCUUUUGAGCGAGACAUUAACUCGUUUAUGACCGUGAUGAAACGAGUGGCGUCGUCGACCUGCCAGGACAACGUCUCUUAUUUUAAAGGGAUUACACUGCUGGCUGAGAUCUGGCGAAACUUCAAACCACGUCUGCCUUUUAAAUUGUACCAGGAGCGCAUGUUACAGAUUGGAGAUUUCCUCACUGGAUUGAAGUUGUACCAGACGGCUCUGUCGCAAGGCUACAGUCUGCACCUGCUUCAGUUCUGCUCAACUAGUAUAAGUGACAUUACAGAUGUUGACCACUUUGUCAACUGCUUUUUUCCAGACGGUUUUGACACAGACCAAGAUGUCUUUAUCAUGAAGGUUCGCUCAAUGCUGGGCUGUGCGCUGUGUAUAUUUGAGUUGGAGAAAAGGCCCAUGGUCCUCAGCCAGAAGGGGCUUUCGAAACUGCUGCAUGUGCUGAACUUUAUCAGGAUAAUGAUGCAGGCUUUUCAGCAGAACAAGCACCUCUGCUGGAUUAUUUAUAAUGGUACGUUGCACAUCUUCAAAAUGUGUAGUUACCUGAUGGCGUUGAAUCAUAGUGCAAAGGCGUUGGAGUACCUUCUGUGGGCGAGCCUCUCUUUAGAGUCAACCAUGCCUGUCAUGACUGUUAAACAUCUGCCAUGGCUUGUGAAACUCUACUGUGCUGUCUGUCACUGUUACUAUGACAACCAAGCUUCCCUACAGGCAGAGGAAUUUGCCCGGAGAGCACUUGGAAAAAUCAAUGACCUUGCAGAGCAGGAGAAGGAUAAGGAGAAUACUGGUCCUUCAAACAAAGCGACUCAAAGGGCCUUCAGAGAAGCCUCCAUCAAGCUGGCUGCCAUGAUGUUCAAGCGGGCUGUGUUUGAGACCAGGAGGAAACCCAAACACAUGAUUACAAUCAAGAGCAAAACUACUCUAAAGGACUUUCCGAAUAUACCGUGGCCUCGUAAUGCCACAGAGCGAAUGCUGAUGGGCCUCUUUGACAGCAGUGCAGCACAAUUCUUGGGCGUUUGUGAAGCACUGUGGGACAGCUCCAUGCGCCCGCUGCAGGCAAGGCUGCCGGAAGAGCUGGAGCUGCAGGAGGUGGUCCUGGAACUCUUCGCCUCUGGCAUCAGUAUAUUAUCUGGAGUGGCUACGACCUGUGAUCAGAAACGUCAAGAACAGUCUUCUGUACCUCUCAGUGCACUGUCCACAACAUCAACUCUGAUGGAAUUAGCUACUGCAGGAGAACACAAAGUGCCUGUCACUACCGCCGUCAGGUUCAUUAAGUUAAUGAUUCAGUACAAGCAACCGGACGCUUUCGCCGAACAUUCACGAUUGAUGCUGCAGAUUUUGACUAUUGUGGAAGGGCCUGCAUUCAGGAAGUCAGAAUACGAGCUCGCCUUGAUCAAUGGUUUCAGCACGCUGAAAUCCUCCCAUAGAAGGCGCCUGAGAGAGGACUUAACUGACAGGUACAGGGGGUCACUCGAUUGCAUCAUUGGCCUGACAGAGACUCUGCAUAAGGCAGUUUGUGAGUCUGUUCCUGAGGCGCAGCCAGAUGUAGAACUAGUUUGGGAUGUUUUACUCUUUCUGUGGGGGAAGCUAAAGCUGGUGAUUCUGAUGGAUCAGAUAAAAAACCCAGAAUUCACACAGGAACACGACAAGUGGGCGUGGUGCCUAUCCAUGCAGUGUGAGGUGGCCUUUGCCUGUGACCUGGCAACAGUUGACUGCAUAAAGACAGCAGAGAUGAUCCACAGCUUGGUCUUAUUGCUCGAGAGUGCGGCUGAUCGCAUUCCACCUAAAGUCAAAGCUGGUAGUGGAAAGAAAUAUUGCUUCACUCUGCUUAAGGGGUCACGUAAAGAGCUUCUUCAGAAGGUGUGCAUGGUAGUUGAGAAGGGUUUUGAGGCUCUGGUCAAGCGUGUGGUCACACUGAUGCCCCAAGAUGGCUCAGCGCCCCCUGACAUUACUUACCUGCUGAGGCAAGAUGGAAACGGAGAGACUGAAAUAACUGAGAAGCAAAAGGAAGAAAUAGAGUCAGAUGUUAAAAGGGAUCGAUCUAAUCAGUCUACACAUACAGCUAUGCUUGCGAUAGACAUUCUUCUUGAACUGGACAUCAUCCACCAUCGGGCAUCUCUCAAGUUAAUGCAGCUAAAUGCAGUGACAGAGUCUGAUCUCUUGGACAAGAUCAAGAAGAACAAAGUGUCCAAAGCACUUUUUCUGAUCCAGAAGGCCUUGCUUUUGUAUGAUGGAUCGAAGUCAAAUGAGUCCAGUGUGACCAGGAAUCUACUAGAGGAAGCAUGUGUUUUAAUCGAGAAGGCAGCAAUAGAAGAGAGAAAACUGUACAUCGCCAACAACCCAAAGUUUGCACUUGAAAAUAAAGGCAAAGUAAUGAAGGAAGAAAAGGAAAUCCCUCCACUUCGUCCCGUCCUAAUCUCACGCACUAACCGCUCCUUAACCUUUGCUCCUGCUCCGUACCACAUGAAGGAACAAGUGUGCUGGUACCAACUGUGUGGACGUCCAGCUGAGGGUAUCGACCUGAAAGUCCGCCUCGGAGACUGCAGCCUGGCAGGAACUGGGAAUUUGGUACCAGCAAUUUGUGGUGAGUGGCAGCUGAAGGUGGAGCGGCUGGAACCGAACCAGAAGUAUGUUUUUGCCAUCGCGGCAUACACCUGCCAAGGGAAGUUACUGGGCAACGCCAUUGGCGCGUCGACCUUCCCACUGAUGACUUCCAUGCCGCAGUCAUUGCUUUCCUCGUGGGCUCACUUGGCACAGGUAGCAUAUCAAACCAAACAGUUUGACAUUGCAAAGAGAGCCUGCAAGGAAUUAUGGAGCCAUUUUACCCUUCCUGACAGUGGGCCUGACAGACCACCGGAUAGACUUGCUUCAACAGCGCUCCAUAUGAAGUAUCUGCAAUGCUCGUCUCCACUCCUGUGUCAGCUCUUCCUCACGUCCAUCUUCAUUGAGACAGACAUCAACAUCCAGCAGCAAUCACUCCUCUGUGACUCGGGCAGCAUUUGUGGACUCUUUGUCUGGAAACAGGAAGCCAGACUAGCUGAAUGUGAACGAUUGCUGGUAGCCAUGGACUUGGCUAUGUGGCUAAAUGACAGCAGUUCUGCUGUUCAAACUGUAGGAAGCUGUUAUGGCCUCUUGGUUCCAUUCAUCUUCCAUCAGAUCCCUUGCGAUCCAGCAAUAAAGUUGUUGUCCAAAUGCUUAAAUGUACUCAAAGAGAACGAAGCUCAUCUCAAACAAAAAUGGCCCAGAAACACAGUGAAAAGUCUUAUGCACAUGAUUGCCUGCAUCACCAACUAUCUGUCCAAGGCAUUGCGUGGACUGAAGGAGCAUCAGAAGGCCUCUGUGGUGAUAGACUGUGGUCGUGCUCUUCUCCAAGACGUCUUUGAAGCCCAAGAGCGGCUUAAUAGACUUGCUCGCAAACAUGUGUCGUCAAAGACAGAGGAUGCUACUGCAGGAAAGGAAGAAAUGAAAACAUAUGUUCAACUGAAGGUAUUGUAUGGGAAGUUCAAGGAGGUCAUCACAGCUGAUGCAGAUCCCAACAAAGUCAAAGAGAGUUCCCCCUCACUGAGUGGUUCUGAGAAUUCUGCCACACUGCGUGAGAGGAUCUUCACUAGCAAGCUACAGCAUGCUUAUCGAAUCAUGAUGCAGCUUGGCAACCAUUCAAAUUUCUUGGAGAUUUCAGCAUUAUUACUUCAGAGAGCCUUGGAAGAAGGACACUUAGAUCUUGUGUUACAAUGGGGCCAAACCAUAUUUGGAUUUCUUGCCAGGAGAGAUGACGAAAUGAUUAUGUCUGCCAAAUGUUUGGAGAGAAACACUCUGUGUGAUAAAGAAACUAAUAAGUCCACUGCGACAGAAGGUCAAUCAUCACAGAAGACAACAAAAAAGUCUCCAAAGAAACGGAAGAAACUUAGACGUGGUGCCAUUCUGACAGCGAGAACUGUCAGGGAGUUGAAGGCUGUAGAGCGUCUGCUGAGUUCAAUGAAUACUGUUGUGGAACGGCACUCGAGGCGGCUUCAGCUGAGAAGGAGGUGCUCAGAGGAGAGAGUGUGGAGGUCUCAGAUCAAUUACAGCAUCGCUCAGGCACAUCUUUCAUUAUUCGAAAAGGACCUAUACCCAUUGCAUGAAGGAUCCCUGCAAUCCAGAUACAGCCACUUGAAGCCCUCGAUCUUCUUUCUGGCCAACUCUGGUGUGCUUGUGAAGAGGAACUUACAGGAACAGCAAGCCACCAUAUGCGAAGUUAGUUCAGAGAGAGACUCGUCACACUCUGAUCUGUCCGAUGAUGCUUCCAGCAAAGAUUGUGAGAAAAAUGAGGAUAGUUCUGACAGUGACGAAAGUUGUGAGGAGGCAGAACGCCACCCUCAAAAGCCUGAGCUGCUGAAAAACAUGCCGUUGGACUCACUGGAGAAAGCUGCUUUACAUCUACGCAGGGCCAUGGUAUUAGCCCACCGCGGAGGUCACUGGACGAAUUUGCAGAAAGUCUGUCACACUGUGUGGGAAGAAAGCAACAGAAUUAUUGCAUUAGAACAGACAGCUUCUCAGCUUCAACCUCCCUUCCUGGUUACAUCAGAUGAGUUGCACAACACCUUCACCCCUCUAUUAGUGCUUGCAACAGAUCUUAUCAUGGACAUGCUAAGCAGACUGGGAAUGUGGCGUUUGUACGACAGCGUGACUGAGGAGGAGCAAGAGUUCAGUCUCUGUUUCUCAGCACCACUGGAUGACUGCACCCAAGUGGACAUGCGUUUUGUCCACAAUUUGGUGUUGCGCACUCUGGAGCUGCUCCAUGACAAUGGCAAAUGGGAACGCCUGGCACAUUUUGCCUUAAUUUUCAACUCAUACACCCGUGAACGAUACGCCUUGACAGUAACUCCCCUCUUGGCCCUCGCCCAGAGAAAGCUCCUUGAAAGGAUUCGGACUAAUGGAGGUUCAAAAGUCCCACAACCACACCAUGUCAAGACUCGGUGGACCACUGGAAAGGAGGUAACAUACAAGAGUUAUGCAGGGUGCCAGCUGUUCAGUGGGUGGGUUCCUCAGUCUACCCACCAGUCAUCAAGCUCCGUAGUGAAGAUCACGCUGACUGAAGAAACUGAGCUCAUAGAUGCAGAAAUGAAGCGCUCCCAGCUCCUUGUGUGUGUUCCUCUAGAUGUGGCGAACACAUUGCACUUUUACCGUCAAGCCGUUGAAAGAAUACCGCAUUGUCUCCAAGUGUUCCGCUAUUGCCGAUCAUUACUGCUGCUGCUACUGGCUCAUACGCAACCGGGUUUUGAAACUGAGCAGUGCUGUGAGAUCACAUCAGACCUGAUUGACUUCAAUCCCAUACUUAUGACCACACCAAACAUCCAGCCUUGGGACCUGAUUAAUAAAGACUACGUCACUCCGGACACUCUCUACAAUCUCCCCGUCAGCCCUGACUGCAUGCCCAGAAUCAUCUCUACGUACUUUGCAUCCACAGAAUAUCUCCAGACCAACAACCAAGAAUUCCUCAGUGUAUUUGCUCUGCAUGAAAUGGGAAACCUGCAUUUCUAUGACUUAAACACACGAAUGGCACAUUCUUGCUGGAGUAAAGCUGUAGAUGCUGCCUUACACAGCACAGCGGUGAUCGAUAAAUGGGAUUGGGUGUCAUUUGGGGGUGGCACUCUGCAACAAACGCUGAGACAGGCUGGCAUUUGGGGAUGUCUCCAGGCAGCUGUGAUCACUGCUAAAAUUGCACAGUAUAUUCUAACUUCAGAUAUCAGCCAAAGGACCAAGUGCUGUCUCUUGUCAGCUCACCUUUUUAAGUGUGUGCUGUGCUGCUCCCUGGCUCACCCCCUGGAUGACCUCCAGUAUGCUUCAUACAGCAUCAGCGAUAAACUACUCCCCGGGGUCGACCUUUUCUCAGAACCCCACAGGGCCGACCUCACCGCCACUGUCGCCAGCCUGAACUUCGUCUGCCAAUGGCUGUUCAUCGCAGGCUACUACAUUGCGCUUCUACCCACGCUGGCACUUCAUCAGCAUCUUGUGGGGACAGUGUGCAGAGACGUUCAACGCAAUGUUGAAAGCAGAAUACUCAAGGUACGCGCUCUCACUGAACUCCACUUCUUCUCUGAGGCCGUAAAGGAAACAGAGCAGCUCUCAAAAGGGGCAGGGAUUCUUCUCCCUAAUGGACGCUACAUCACUCAUGAGUCUCGCCAAUCAGAACAGUUGUUUUGUAACAACAAGUCCCUCCUGGACAAUGUUCAGGCUUUGGAGGAACUUGUGAGUUGUGAGCUUUCUCCAGAGGUCAGCAUGCUUUAUGGAUCCACAUUGAGCCUCCGAUUUAACCUUGCACGUGUUCAACUCACCCUGGCCCUCAGUAGCACUGUAAAUGGCCCGCCUGAGCCAGUGCCAGAGGAUGUAGUGAACCCAGAAGAACAUGAACAAGUCCCAAUGGACUCUGAAGUCUUGGACCAAGAAGAGGAAAAGCCCAAAGUGAGGGGAUUUGCUUCCCAGCAGACCCUCACUCUCGAAAAGAUCAAGUACCUGCUACUAGAAGCAGCUACCCUCUUUUUGGACUCCAUAUUAGAGAAACUCCCAUGUCCCUCCUAUAGUGAAAUUGAGAACAUGGAAUUGAAAAUAGAGUCAAAUCUUCUCAAGGCCAACCUCUACCUGCAGCAAGGACAUGUUGCACAAAGUUCUGAAAUGGCAGUUUCAUCAUUGGCGCUAUUGCAGGAAUUUAAAGAAGCCAUACCAGAUUAUAAGAAACCAACCUCUGAGUUCCCGCUUACUGAAACUGAAACUGAACAGGGAACUGAACACUGCACACAGCAUGGAGACUGCCCCAGAGCAGUUGAGGCCAGUGAGAGGGUCGGAGGUGCUCUGUGGCUACGUUGCCGCAUGGCGCUGCUCCGUUGCGUUCUUGUACAGGCCGCCGAUGUCACUGUUCCUAAUCCAGGUAAGCUUCAUGACAAGGCAGCUCAGGUGUUAAAGCAGAGCUUGGAGGACUGUGGUCAAUUAGGAGAUGUCGACACUCAAGCCCUUUUGUUGGUUGAAGGUUCACAAUUAAAAUCACGAAGAAGGAGGGGAGAUGACGGCUUGUCAUUAUUGCAGGAAGCCGUGAGCCUACUGUCAGGACGCACUCGCAUGCCACCGGGAUCCAGCGUGACUCUAAUUAGAGCCACUUUGCGUCUGAGCAGCCUAAAAAGCACACAGAGUGGCAAACUUCGAAAUCUGACUCAUAAACUUUUGCAAAAACAGCUGUGUGAGUUUGGUGAGAAUGUUUUGUUGGAUGAUGGAAACAUUUCUAUUUCUCCUCCUGGGCCCAGAAACAUUUACCUCCCUUACCUGCCAAUGUUAGAUCAAACAACUUAGCAAAAAAGGCCAUAUUUUCGAUAUCGGUGCAGUGACAAAGCCAUUCCGGUGCAAGCUGGGACAUCUGGAGCAUAGAACUUCCAAGUCAUAUCAUGAGUUAAUAAAAAAUAUGACUGGGAGA